UGUCUCUGUGAGCGUGUGUGUGUGUGUGUGUGUGUGUGUGUCUGAGGCUGAUGCUCCUAGAUUGAGAAUAGAGUGCCAGUGAGGGAGAGAGAGAGAGAGAGAGAGAGAGAGAGAGAGAGAGAGAGAGAGAGAGAGAGAGAGAGAGAGAGAGAGAGAGAAACAGAACACUCACAUCAACAGAAGAGCACAGCAGAGCAAAGCUGGCAAGCUGGCACAGAGUCCGAGAGGGACUAAGAAAAACAAACAAACAGGAACUCAAUCAUAAGCAGCAGAAGAAUAAAAACAAAGAGCUCGACAAGGGAGACUCACUGAAGUGUACCGCACUGUACUGUACGAAGUUCAUUUGCAUUCCUACUUACCGCUGUACAUGCACAACUACUUUGACUUCUCUCUAGCAAUGAGACCUGGCGAAGCUUGCAUCCUUCUCUACUUCUGGCUUGCGGGACAAGGUGUGCUGGCUAUGUUUGCCCAGCAGCCACAGGACCUGGUGGUCGUGGCUGGGCAGCCAGUGACCCUGCCCUGUGCCAUCCCGGGGUACCACGGCAUCGUGCUCUGGAUCAAGGACGGGCUCGCCCUCGGAGUGGGUAGAGAUCUCUCAGGAUACCCCCGUUACUCAGUAGUUGGGGACCACAGCGCCGGAGAGCAUCACUUGAAGAUCCAGAGAGUGGAGCUGAUGGACGAUGCUAUCUAUGAAUGCCAGGCAAUCCAGGCAGCCAUGAGGUCACGCCCGGCCAGGCUCACUGUGCUUGUGCCCCCUGAUGACCCAGUGAUCAACGGGGGUCCCAUAGUGAGCCUGAGGGCUGGGGACCCCCUCAACCUGACCUGCCGGGCCAAUAACGCCAAGCCUGCCGCCACCAUCAUCUGGAUCCGGAACGGAGAGGUGCUUAACGGAGCCAUGUAUUCCAAGACGCUCCUGCGGGAUGGCCGUCGGGAGAGCACGGUCAGCACGCUCUACAUCUCCGCCUCCAACAUCGAGACCGGCCAGCAGAUCAUCUGCAGGGCUUCCAACAAGGCCGUGCCCAACGGGAAGGAGACCAGCAUCACCAUCGACAUACAGCACCCUCCACUUGUGAACCUGUCUGUAGAGCCUCAGCCCAUUCUGGAGGGCAACCUGGUGAAGUUUCACUGCUCGGCUAAGGCCAACCCAGCCGUCACACAGUUCAGGUGGGCGAAAGGCGGUCAGGUGAUCAAGGAGAUUUCGGGCGACACGUACGAAGCGAUAGUGGACCACUCUUUCUUCACGGAGCCAGUGUCCUGUGAAGUGACCAACCCGCUGGGCAGCACCAACAUCAGCCGGACCGUGGACGUCUACUUUGGACCUCGCAUGGCCGUGGAGCCCCAGUCUCUUCUGGUUGAUCUGGGAUCAGACGCUAGGUUUAACUGUGCCUGGACAGGAAAUCCGUCACUCACCAUAGUGUGGAUGAAGCGUGGAUCUGGAGUGGUGCUUAGCAAUGAGAACUUCCUGAUACUGAAGACGGUGAGACAGGAGGAUGCUGGGAAGUACGUGUGCCGUGCAGUGGUCCCCCGAGUGGGGGCGGGCGAGAGAGAAGUGGCCCUCACAGUCAACGGUCCCCCAAUCAUCUCCAGCACCCAAACCCAGCAUGCACUACACGGGGAAAAAGGACAAAUAAAGUGCUUCAUCCGGAGUACGCCACCUCCUGACCGGAUUGCCUGGUCGUGGAAAGAGAACGUUCUGGAAUCAGGAACCUCCGGCCGCUACACUGUAGAGACGGUCAGCACUGAGGAGGGGGUCAUCUCCACACUGACCAUCAGCAACAUCGUCCGGGCCGACUUCCAGACCAUUUACAACUGCACAGCAUGGAACAGCUUCGGCUCCGAUACCGAGAUCAUCCGGCUGAAGGAACAAGGUGGGAGCCAAGAGUCGCUCCCUAUGGCAGUCAUAAUCGGCGUGGCGGUCGGGGCGUUCGUUGCCUUCAUCGUUCUCAUGGCAACAAUCGGAGCUUUCUGCUGUACCCGUUCACAGAGAAAUCUGAAAGGUGUUGUCUCUGCAAAGAACGAUAUCCGCGUGGAAAUCGUACACAAGGAUCACAACGCGGCCAGAGAGACAGAGGAACACACUGCCAUCAAGCAGCUCAUGAUUGAGAGAGGGGAGUUCCAGCAGGAGUCAGUCCUCAAGCAGCUGGAGGUUCUGCAGGAAGAGGAGAAGGAUUACCAGCACAUCAAGGAUCCGACCAACGGCUACUACAGCGUGAACACGUUUAAAGAGCACCACUCCACUCCCACCAUCUCCCUGGCGGCCAACCAAACAACGGAACUGCGGAGCUCCACGACAGCCGCCACGACGGGCAAGCAGAGGGUGCCCACGGGCAUGUCCUUCACCAACAUCUACACCACGCUGGGCACCGGCCCCAACCGCCUCUACGACUACAGCCAGCGCUUUGUACUCGGUAUGGGCAGCAGCUCCAUCGAGCUGUGUGAGCGGGAGUUCCAGCGGGGCUCGCUCAGCGAUUCCAGCUCCUUCCUCGACACGCAGUGCGACAGCAGCGUCAGCAGCUGCAGCAAGCAGGAAGGCUACGUGCAGUUCGACAAGGCCAGCAAGGCCUCGGCCUCCUCCUCCUCCCACUACUCCCAGUCCUCCUCACAGAACUCUGACCUCACGCGGCCCCUGCAGAAACGCAUGCAGACGCAUGUGUAGCAACCCCUUUGCUGCUGGGGUUCGCCACGGUCAAGGUGUCCUAUUCCUAAGGACUUGUUGAGGAGAAAGCGGAGCCUCUUUAAAAGCACAUCAUUGAUAUAUCUUUUUUUUUUUGUAUGUUUUCUUAUUAAGGAGGCAUCGUUGCCCAGAACUGCCACCCUGCCUAGAAUAGCCCAGUGUCCCCUGCGAUGGUCAAGCGGUUCCACCUCCUGAUCACAUGCACUCUUGAGAAUGGGCUUCCUGAAGAAUCCUGCACUGAGCUCUGGUUUCUGUCUGAAGUUCUGUGCUUUAUCUUGUCCCAGUAGAAGUGUCAUUACUGUCAGUGCAAGAUUUCUACAUUCUGACCAGGCACCCCCACUCCCCCCCUUUGAAACUGAAGACCUUUCGGAAAGUAAUUCUCAAACUUUAAUUUGCGUUGCAUUUUUCACAGCGUUUCUGACACCCUGUGAACGUUUUGACACCUGAAUCCACUUCUUUUGCCAUUUUAAAUCCUCGUAGGAUUUUGGAAGGUUUCCAUUUCAAACUCAUGCCAUUUUUUUCUUGUACAGAUCAAAAUUCUGGUUAUUUUGAAGCACAAAUACUUCUGGGAGUUAAUUGAGAUUCAUUUUACAGAAACAUGCUAACUGGCCUAGUAGUGAAGCUGGAGUGUAUCACCAAUGGACUUACUAAAUGGUUUAACCUGGACCUCUCAGUAAGAAACCCAAGGCAGGCAGUCUCAUUUAGCCAGAAUACCCCUUUCUUCACUAUUUAUUUUAUUGUUAAUUUAUUGUACAGUAUGUGAAACAAACAAAAAGAUGGACUUUUCAAGAUCCCAUAAAAAUAAAUGGGUAUACAUGCCUUCAGGAUACAUUGUCAAGCUUCAACGCCAACAGUCUGGACCGGAGCACACACUUUGGGCAGCAAAGGUGUCUAUAACUGGACUGCCAUCUGGGGUUGAUGUUACUCUGGGUUGACCAAGGGAUACCACUGACGAGAGCUCUCCUGUUCUCCAUGUUUGCAUUGUGCAGGCCAAUAAGAUUGGUUCUUUUGUUGGAAACUUCUAACAGUUCAAGAACUCCCCUAUUGUUCUUAUGGUGGAAUUGUGCUUGAGAUGCUGUGUUUCCCAAGGGACCAGUAUUAGUAGACACCGGAAGGGACAACAGACAGAUGCAAGAAAGCUUCCACUCAUCUGUAUGCACAGUCCAGUGAGGAGCUGGUUUCUGCUCUAGGGAACUGACAGGUGGAAUGUUAUCAGCUGUGUGACUCUCGAAAGUGCAGUCUUUCAUAAGAUUAAUGAUGUUUCCUCUUAUUCUUUUAAAUUGUUAAUCCCACCUCUCACCUCUCCUGAUUGGAUAGUUAAUUAAGGGACAUUUCUGGCUAAUGCAGCCUAAACACUCUCCCCUGAAAUACAUUAUUAAACAGCUACAUCCCGUCACAGCCAAUCACAAGAGAGCUAGGAGGGUUCCCUGUCAUAGAGAUUGAAUUGUGAUGCAACAAAAUGAGCGACCAAUCAGAAGAUGUACAUUUUGAUUAUCUGGCAAAGGGUAAGGACUGUUGUAUGGUGGCAGCAAAUCCCCCAUUUGGUUCUGUUAGAGUCCAGCAACAUGUGGUACAGAAAGUACUUCCUUCUGAAUAAAACCAUUGCACACUCAGUGUUUCCAGCUGAAGAAUAUCUGUAUUGAGGAGUCACAAUAGAAAUCUCAUACCACAGGACAGACGCUUAAACCAAAACAGAAAAAUGCACUGUUACAGAUUUCUCACAUACUGUGAUGCAUGUUUGUGUGACAACUAAAGUAACAUGCAAUAAUACAGUAUAACCAUUGCUAGAGGUACGCACAAUAGCGAAGUGGAUUGUGAUAAAUCACUGUGGUCUCUAUACAGACUGUAACUCAGUUUUGCAGUCACGAACAUAUUAAAGCAUACAUAAUAGGAAGUCAAGGCAACUAGAGUAUGGAUGCAACACUAAAUAUGUUUAUCAUGCACAACAAUAAAUCUGAACAGCCAGGCAAGUUACUCUAAGGAUUAAUCAUUUACAAGAAAAUGUCUGUUGUACUGUGUUGUUUUCCUGUGAAAUGGUGCCACCAUUUCAAACACAGCAGAGAGCAUAGCUCCUUCACAUUCGGGUCUUCAGUGCAAAGUCAUGGAGUGUUGCCGUUCUGCAUUGAAGCUGGCAGUGUUGAGAAAUCUAAAUCCAUGUGUGUUAUAGACAAAGAACAAUAGGUAUGGAAUCAGUACAAGUGUCGGGGUCAAAUGAACUCCAGGUAGCUGAGGACAGAAAGAACAAACCCUUUUCAGACCUCACAGACUUCAAACGCUGGCUGCUUAUAGGACCUUGAUUUUAGUUUGCAUGGUCCACCAAUUCUCUGGCACAGCUAAGUUCUUCCUACCAUUACAGUCAAUGUAGCGUGAACAUUUCUCCCUCACAGUUUGAUGUCAUCGCUAUACAGCUCAUAAUGCCAGAUUCUUCUAAGCAAGUACAGUACAAAACAAACCCUCCUUGCCCACACCAACUAUACACAGAACAGUUGCAUUAGGUGUUUAGGUGAACGUUCCCUGCAUAAGACAGUGGACCUCAGACAGUGGUUUGCUUUGGUUUAUUGGCCAGCAUUUGAUUCCAGAACCUUCGUGCAGAAAGUGAGGUCAUGGCGGACCAUGGAUGUCAUGGCAACGCUGUUUAGACACGCAGACGAUACGGAUGAGUUCUGGUGCUGCUCAGAAGACACAGGUCCCCUUCCGUGCUCUGUGAGGGCAAUGCGUCUCACACCGGAGGCAGACAGUUCUUGUGCUAACAGCCUCCUGUUGAACAGUGUCAAUAAGGAGUGGAUUCUUGCUGUGUGCACUUUCAUGUGUUUAAGACAUUUCAAUCAGUUUUAUACUUGAGUAGUAGAAGUUCAGCUGUAUAAUGGGUUAAAAUCCAUUAGCAAAAGAACAUAAAAAAAGGAAUUCUAUACAUUCCGCCUAGGCACUCAGUAAAUAUUAGCAAUGCUUUGUGUAUAUAAUUUAGAAUUCUGGGGAUCAUUUUUUAUAUUUUAAAUAGAACACUUCAUUCGGCAUGGUGUUAUGGUAUUGACAAUCAGAAGGAUCUGUUCACCUCUUGAAUCUGCAUAUACCGUUGGCUCUUCCUUUUGCCAACUAGAAUGCAGCCGUACUUGGCCGCCACAUUGGAGGGGACAGAUUCUUUAAACAGGGCACUUUCCAAGGGAGAGCAGUCUGCACACAGUGGCUAAGGGCUGUUUUCUUUGAUUGUAUCAGGGGACAUGCUAAACUGAUCUACUCCCAUUCUCGAUUCCUUCUACUUCCAAAGCAGUCUCCUCACGAUGUGCAAGACCGAAUUCCAGUGUGACGAAUGGUCUCUAUACUAGCUGAAUGGGGAGGGGGGGGGGGGGGGCUGCUUACUGCAGUAAUAGGCGGUAUAUACAGUAAGUUGAUUGAAUCAUCCACUCUUGGUGCACCUGGUGUGCACACGCUUCCUUUUUUGUCACAACAAAUGGAUGACACUGUUUUUUUUCUUUUAAAGUUCUUAUCCUUUAGGAUCUUGCAAAUCCAUCCGUUUUUGUGCAGCUCUGUAUGUAAUGGGCUCCUCUUCCGCCUUGAAAAACAUUGCUGUUAGUAAACCGAAUGGAUUAAUAAUUUAUAACGCCUGCUGUUUUAUGAGUUGCCUAGUGUCACAAGCACCAUAUUUAUCAUAAGCACUCACUGGAGGAAUGAAUCUAAAUGGAAAACAAUGAAUCCUUUUAUACAUCAGGAUUUUAGAAGGUUAGUUAAACACCAGAUGUCUGCAUUCCUUAGUCAUACACCCGAUCUAAACAAAAAGAACUGCUCAAUCCAGCUCCCUCUUACUGUGCUCAAUGCUAACUCAUUGCUGGAGGCUCCCGAAUCAAAAAGCAUUUAUACUGUUCUGUAGCAAACUACCCCUGGUAUGCAUCAUUGUAGAAAUGCAAAAAGGAACCAACAAGUUUUUUGACUAGAAGCCUUUUUCAAUUGAGCCACUAAAAGAUGAUUCGCACUUUACCACUAGGGAACCAAACUGGUGACAUACAGUGCGUACUGGGAUCCUUCUGUAUUUCGGUGACUUCCACAUCAGAGUAUCGUGAAAUGUUGAGAAGAGCGAUGGGCCUUGUAUUGUAAACUUACAGUCAACAUGGCCUGACCUUAAAAGAACCGAAUCGUGAGUCAAAACUCAUUUGAGACGCAGAAAAAAGACUUCUCGUUGAAGAGUCUACUAGUGUGCAUGCUGAAGGGUAAUCAACAGGGGUGCAUGUGCCAUAUUGUGCAUUCAAGUGGGAAGCAACCAAGGAGAGACUGGCUUGAGUAGAAGAAGGAACACGAGAAUGAAUGGGAUGCUCCAUUUCUGUUUCGUGAUAACCCUUUUUUGUUUUUUUUAAUCUCUGGUUAUUUUCGAUAAAGGAUGAAAAAGCCACUGCACACAUUUUGAAUAUUAGAAUCCAUGCUAAAAUCAGCACUUUACUGUACCUAGGUCAGCACUUUGUGAAAUGUGUGGUUUACACAUUGUGAUUACGUAGAAGCUUUAAGCUCUGUGAAAGACCUGGGGAUUUAAUCCAGUAGUGAUUUGGAUGUGGCAGUGUAAUCUUUCCUCUGUAUAUGAAACUUAUGUAAUGUAGGCCUCACAGGCUGUUAUCCCGAUUAAAUGGCCAAGUUACUGAAAUGUAACCUUUCACAUAAAGCUUGGAAGCCAAAAGAACGAGGUCCACAUUCCCCCAGACUUGUCAUUGACUCUCUGGGUCAACUUUUGGGCAAGACAGCCUCCUCAAAUCCUGCACCUAAGUUGUAAGUAUGACCAAUUAACAGUAACUGUAAAAAAAAAAUAAAAAAAAAAAUAAAAAGUGUAUUAAAAAGUAAACCACUAUUUUCAUUCAGUGUGCCUCUCUGUAUUUAAGUUUGUAUUUAAAAAAAUAAUAAUAAUAACAAAAACAAAAAAAUGUUGUAUUUUGCCUGUAUUGGUCUGUGAAACAAUGAUGUUUAUCCUCUGUAAAGUAUAUUUGGAGAAACAAAGAAAAAGAGAAAAAGAC